GGAGGGGGAAAGCGUUUAGAAGGCUAGGACUCAGGGGUGGGGUUGGAGAAUGCAGACAGAGCAACAGCUUGAGCUCUGGGACUACAGUGAACUGAAAGUAAGAGCGUGGUGUGCUCUCAACGAAGGAGUGAGAAAGAGAAAGCCAGAAAGGGAGAUGAAAGGAAACAAGACACAUCAAUCUACGUAAAGGAGGGCGUGUGGACAAAAGACUGACAUUGUAGUUCUAUAGGAGCCUAGCGGAGGGGGAGAAAAGAGGGGGGAAAGGAGAGAGGAGAUUUUUAUAGGGUACAGACAGAGAUAUGAUAGUCUGCUUAUAGAAGAGGUGUGCCUGGAAACGCUCUGAGAAAGAGACAGAGGGGGAGAGACAGAGAGAGAGAGGGAGAAAGAGAGGGCGGAAAAUGAGGGGGGAGUGAGUGAGACAGAAAGAUUAACCACAGUCAGAAAGAGCGAGAGUGAGCAGUGAAGGACAAUCUGGGGCAAAUAGCAAGGGAGGGAGGGGGAGGUAAAAAUAAGAAAAGGAAAGAGGGGAAAGGUCUGAAACAAACUAAUGUGUAAGUGCUGAGUGAAGGACAAUAGGAGAGAGGGAGAGAGAGAGAAAAGAAGAGGAGGGGGCCAGCCAGAGGAAGUAGCAGGGCGAGAGAGGCAUGAGGGGACUGUUCUCCUUUAUGCUCACCCUGUCCAUCCUGGGGACUGUCCUGACUGCACUCGUCUGGUACUUCUUCAGCAAACACAAUGUUCAACCUGGCAGACCCCCCCACAAAAGUCCUAUUAUGAACUCUGGGCCAUUCCCCUCCAGAACAUGCAAGGGCUGCAGGGAUACAGUCACUGACAAAGUGUUGGAGCUCUACUCUCACAGCUGGAGGAAGCAGGAGGACAAGUUCAGAAAUUUCAGGUCUCUUCUGAGUAACAGAUGUCAUGGACUCACCAAGGCUAUGGUAACACAGGCUAACACUCCUCUGGGGUCAAAGGUUGUGUACGAUGGAGAGAAGAGGAAGCCUCUUCAGGUGACCCCUGAACUGUUCAGCACCUUUGCUAAGGAGAAUCCUUUUGUGAAUACGACAUGGGAUACGUGUUCUGUGGUUGGGAAUGGGGGAAUCCUAGCUAAUAGCAGCUGUGGAGAGAAAAUCGACUCCGCCCAGUUUGUUAUCAGGUGUAACCUCCCUCCUCUGGAGAAUGGCUAUGAGCGAGACGUGGGCAACAAGACAGACUUGGUGACAGCUAAUCCCAGCAUCCUCAUGGAGAAAUAUGGGGGCCUGCAGGAGCGUCGUCGGCCCUUCGUGGAGAGCCUGCGUAGCUAUGGCGACUCCCUGAUGCUCCUGCCAGCCUUCUCGUACGGCCACAACACGCCCGUGUCUCUGCGGGCCCUCUACACCAUCCAGGACUUUGACAGCCCCUCGCGGCCCGUCUUCCUCAACCCAGAGUACCUACAGAGUCUGGCGCGCUUCUGGCAGGGCCAGGGCCUGCGAACGGUACGCCUCAGCACAGGACUCAUCGUGGCUAGCCUGGCGUUGGAGCUGUGUGCCAACGUGCAUCUCUACGGGUUCUGGCCCUUUAAUGAACACCCCCACCGACACCAGCCCCUCACCAACCACUACUACGACAACAGGCAGAGUAAGAAGACGGUGCACGCCAUGCCCGCUGAGUUUGACCACCUGCUAAGACUCCACACCCAGGGCGUGCUCAGGAUACACCUGGGAGAGUGUGCACCCACCGCCAGUCCUGGAUGUAGCUCAAAGAUGGCCUGGACCCCAGCCUCAGUCUCAGGCCUCAGUCUCCCGGUUGGCUCUCUGGGUAGUGCCAUGCCCACACUGGUACAACGCAACACAACCUCCCAGAGCCGGAAGCCUUGGGCUGGGCCCGACACCAACGUCUCUGGACCAUCAGGAUUGGGGCAGGGUGCUUCUGAAGACCCCACACAGGGUUCAGAGCAAAGGACAAAACACAGGACGGGGAACAGAAGGAGACCAGGGAAGUGAUGACACCCAUAAACAUUUCUGGGGGUCCCCUUUCAUAAAGAGUUUCCAUGGUUACCAGCUCACACAGCCCAAAGCAUUAUAACAACAAAUACUCUCCCCCCUGUGACCAUGGUGACAGUAAAUAAUCUGUGCUGUGACUAAGUAACAACAGUAGCAAGGGAGUGAGGUAGUGGUGGGGGGAUGCAGGAUUGACAGUUCACUUAUUAGCACUGUAGCUGCUGUAAGUAAUAUAAAACCAGAUGCAUGGGUAAGAAGGGCAUUCUAGAUCUUGUAUUAUUUCCCUAUAAUGCAAGAUAUAUUUGGAAGGUAGAAUUCAGUAGCUAUUCAUUCUUACAUGUUCUAUGUUUGGACUGCUUUUGAAAGCAAAAGUCCAAUUGAAAACAUUAUUGUCAUUUUUUUAACUUGAUUUUCAUAAUGGUAAGCUCGGACUAAUGGUUUUAUUAGCUAAACUAGCAAGUCUGUUUGUUUGGUUACCACGGCAAACUGUAGCUAUCUAGUAAACGUGCUAGCUACUUUAAUGGAUGUUGAACACAUUUCUAGCGUCAAAUGUCUUAAAUUAUAGCCAUGGUUGUCACGCCCUGAUCUGUUUCACCUGUCCUCGUGCUUGUCUCCACCUCCCUCCAGGUGUCGCCCAUCUUCCCCACUUAUCCCCUGGGUAUUUAUACCUGUGUUUUCUGUCUGUCUGUGCCAGUUCGUCCUGUUUGUUCAAGUCAACCAGCGCUUUGUCUCAGUGCCUGCUUUUUCCCUAGUCUCUCUUCUUCUCGUCCUCUUGGUUUUGACCCUUGCCUGACCUGACCCUGGGCCUGCCUGUACCUUGGCCCCACUACUCUGGAUUAUAGACCCCUGCCUGCCUUGACCUGUCGUUUGCCUGCCCCUGUUGUUGCAAUAAACAUUGUUACUUCAACACAGUCUGCACUUGGGUCUUACCUGAAACGUGAUAAUGGUAUAAAGGAGAUAAUCAACUCGGGGCACUAUGAGUUCUCUGGAAAAUGAUGCAACUCGGUGGAAGGUCAGUUCCACUCACCUAGCGCGUCGUGGAACACACCUUCCAUCUUACUAUUGUGUACCUUAGUAGCGCUUCUCUUCCUACUCUUUCUACACCUUCCACCUCGUUCAUUGUUUUCCAUAGAAAGCAUAGCCCCGAGUUGAUUAUCCCCUACCGACAUUUCUUCGACCUCACUCCAAUAUGCUUUCCACACCAUUUCAAUGUAUUUUGCUAGACCUCAAAGAUCGACAUUAACGGACUCUUAUGCCACUACCAAUAGCAUUAACUAUGUAUGGAAUGCUGUGUGAAAAUGUCUUAGCACCGAGGCUGGUUUUUGCAAGUAUUCAGACCCUUUGCUAUGAGACUCGAAAUUGAGGCUCAGGUGCAUCCUGUUCCCAUUGA